GCCAGCGCUUUACGGCACCAUAGGAGAAGCGGCAGCGUGGGUCCCAACCGGGCUCAUCGCCUUGGAGCUGCAAUUGUUGAAAGGCGGAAGAUUUUGGGGGGGCGUCGGGGACGCACCUGCCAUUAGCUCAGCGGGUAAUUGGACCAAACUGAUGAGAUUGUUUAAAACAUUCUAGUCUUUACUAAGAUCUCCUUUUCCCUGGAGUUCGAAAUGCUUUACCUGAUCGGCUUGGGCCUGGGCGAUGCCAAGGACAUCACAGUCAAGGGGCUGGAAGUGGUGAGACGCUGCAGUCGGGUGUAUCUGGAAGCCUACACCUCAGUCCUGACUGUAGGGAAGGAAGCCCUGGAAGAGUUUUAUGAAAGAAAACUGAUUCUUGCUGAUAGAGAAGAAGUGGAACAGGAAGCAGAUAAUAUUUUAAAAGAUGCUGAUGUUAGUGAUGUUGCAUUCCUUGUGGUUGGUGAUCCAUUUGGGGCUACAACACACAGUGAUCUUAUUCUGAGAGCAACAAAGUUAGGAAUUCCAUACCGUGUUAUUCACAAUGCCUCCAUAAUGAAUGCCGUGGGCUGCUGUGGCUUGCAGUUGUAUAAUUUUGGAGAGACAGUUUCUAUUGUGUUUUGGACGGACACUUGGAGACCGGAAAGCUUCUUUAACAAAGUGAAGAAGAACAGGCAGAACGGUGCACACACACUGUGCUUACUCGACAUCAAAGUGAAGGAACAGUCUUUGGAAAACCUAAUCAAGGGAAGGAAGAUCUAUGAACCCCCUCGCUACAUGAGUGUAAACCAGGCAGCCCAGCAGCUUCUGGAAAUUGUUCAGAAUCAGAGAAUACGUGGAGAAGAACCAGCAAUCACUGAGGAGACGCUCUGUGUUGGCUUAGCCAGAGUUGGAGCUGAAGACCAGAAAAUUGUGGCUGGCACUUUACAACAGAUGUGUACAGUGGACUUGGGAGAACCGUUGCAUUCCUUGAUCAUUACAGGGGGCAGACUGCAUCCACUGGAGAUGGAAAUGCUAAGUCUGUUUUCUGUGCCAGAAUCCCGAAGUGUUAAUGGACCCUGAGCAUGGACAUUUUCUAUUGUUUCACAUUAUUUUCAGUUAGGUAGGGGUGUGCAUAUAUUUGUAUGACAUACUUGUUUAUCUAGUAUAAAUAUAAGUGACCAAAAAGAAGUAAGUUGACUCAACAGUGCUUGGUUUCCUGCAGGAAUGUUUUCCCCAUUAUGACAUCAAUUGCUAUUGGCCACUUGUCAGGGUUUACAGACACCGGGCAGACCAAACUGGAAAACUGUGGCUAGGCAUUCACACAGAAUCACUGAAGAGCGGUUUUUAUUUAUAAAACCAGUUAACACAAGGUGGCUGGUACCAAGUAUAACUUGAAGAAACUGGAAUGUGGAUCAUUUGAUCCUACGUUUAAAGGAUAAAAAAUAAAGGAGUGGCGAGAAAGCAAACACAAGGCUGUGAGCUCCUCGCUCGUUUUUAUGAUCUUUAUAAAAAGCCAGCUGUUUAUAAAAAGGGGCUGAGGAGGUGGCUUAAUUGGUAAAGUGCCUAUCAUGCAAACAUGAAGACUUGAGUUCAGAUCCCCAGUACCCAUGUGAAAAGCUGGGGUUGGUGAUGCGUGACUCUACCCCUUAGCACUGACUGGGGGUAAAAAAGAAACAGAUCCCUGGAGCUCACUGGUCAGCCAGUCUAGCCAAUCACUGAGCACUAGGUUCAGUGAGCUACCGUGUCUCAAGAAGUAAGGUGGAAAGUAAUUGAUAAAGGACACCAGAUGUUAACUUCUGGCCUGUACACAUGCAGGUAUACCUACGUGCACGCACACACACACUGAGCUGAGCACAUGCCUCAGAAUGACACUCUUCUGAAUUGAGCCGUUGUGGUUAGCAGACAUCCUAAUUAUGUGAUUCAGAUUCUGCUUUAUUUUAGAGAUUAUAUGAUUAUUUAAUUACAGAUGUUCAGCCAGCCCUGUGCAGUUGCCGUUCGGUUUUAAAAAGCAUCUUUCACAUCCAAACAGAUAAAUGAAAAACUUGCUUACUACAGAAUCAGGGUUUUAAAAAAUUAGGUUUGAAGGCUACAGUACAUGGUCAAGAUUCGUAAUGUCACUAAUUCAGUGGAUGGGCAUCAUGUACAGGCAAUCACCUUACCAAUUUUAAAUGAUUCAUCAGUUCAGAAUAGAAGUAGCUGUUAUACACUAUUUCAUUAGUUCAAAUCUGAGUAUUUCCAUGGUCUAAUCAAUUUGACCUUUUUGUUCAGUAAAGUCAUUGAAAAGUGGAUGAGAAGAAUCCUACCUCCUGGCAUUAUCAGUGAGCUAGAAAUCAUUUUGACAUUUCAUUUGGGAUAAAAGAUUUUAAUAUGUAUGAAACGUCCUUUUUCGAUCUGUGUGCACAUAAAUACUUUGUCAGUUCUGUACUAUUCUGAGGUGUUAAACAUUCAAGAAUAGCACAAUAAAGGACUCGGAGGUUUGGCAGUA